AUGAGUGGUUUAGUCGGCCUUCUAUUCACCAGACUGACUUUACCAUCCCCCUCGGUUAUCCAGGGGAAGACUAUCCUCAUCACCGGUGCGAACACCGGCCUCGGUCGGGAAGCUGCCAGACAUGCGCUCGCCCUGGGCGCCGGUACAGUCAUUUUGGGCGUUCGGACCCUGAGCAAGGGUGAAGAGGCCAAAGCCAACAUCGAAGCAAGCACCGGCUGCACCGACAAGGGAAAGGUCCUUGUAUGGCCGAUCGAUCUCGAAUCAUUUGCUAGCGUCCAAGCCUUCGCAGCUCGAGUUCGCAAACACGUUGUCAUAGAGGGCGGCCGACUGGACAUGGCUAUCAUGAAUGCAGGAAUUGCGUCGGUCGAGUACGCUGUUACCCGUGAUGGGUGGGAGAGAGGAAUCCAGGUCAAUGUUUUAUCGACCGCGCUCCUCAGUCUGGAGCUUUUGCCGCUACUGCUGCGAACAAAAGAGCGAGAUCCAUCAGCACAACCGCAUCUGACCGUUCUUACGAGCGAUAUCCACAAGGCAAUCAAAUUUCCCGAGCGGAAUGAGAAGCACAUUCUUUCCAUCUUGAAUGACCAGGCGCAGUGGAAGACAUCCCAGGCUGCAGGCGGAGCUACCGAGCGCUACGGUGUCACUAAGCUCAUGGAUCUCUUCAUUACCAUCGAAAUAGCUCGACUUGUGCCUCGUGAUGAGUCCGGAAACCCCCUUGUGAUUGUCAAUGCCGUGACGCCGGGAUUCUGCAAAUCGGAUCUCCUGACUAGGGAGAAGGCGCCGUGGAUCCUGAAGCUGAUCCAAGCUUUGAUUGCUAGGACGGUGGAAGAGGGCAGCAAAACAUUGCUGCAUGCAGCAACCCAGGGAGUGGAGACUCAUGGGAAGUGGUUGGAGAAUCAGGUUAUCGCAGACCCUGGCAAUAUUGUCACCAGCCCCGAGGCGGCGGUUGUGAGGGAGAAGGUGUGGGCAGAGAUUACUGCAGUCUUGCAUAAUGUUGAUCCUGAGAUAGCCAUGGCUCGGGGGUUCAAUUACCUUGCGCUCGUGCUGUGUGGCAUUUGGGUGUGGGCAGCCACUGUUGCCUCCAAUCCCACCCCAAAUGCGGUUAGCGAACUGCCUUCGACAUCACACGGCUCAUAUCUAACCCCGACUCUCCAUACUCGGGAUGACAAGCCCGAUUUGAGAAUAUUAUGCCUUGGUGCCUCUAUUACAUGGGGCAUUGGCUCGUCGACUGGGAAUGGUUACCGGAAACCCCUGCGAGAUAAACUUCGGUUUGAAGGAUACAAUGUCGAUAUGGUUGGGACCAAGCAUAACGGAAACAUGGCGGACAAUGACGUGGAAGCCCAUCCGGGAGAUGUCAUCGACCAGGUGCACACUGCCGCCAGAGGCUCAUACAGAUACAACCCCAAUGUGGUCUUGAUCAACGCAGGCACCAACGACUGUCUCCAGAACCGUGAUAUCGCCAAUGCCGGCGAGCGGAUGAGAGUACUCAUUGAGGACCUCUUCCAGUCGAUCAACGGCGUGACCGUCAUCCUGUCCACUCUCAUCCCCUGCGCAGACCACACCGGAGAGGCGAACCGCCCGGCCGUCAACGCCCAGUACCGCACACUGGUCAAUGCCUUACGGGGCGAGGGGAGGAGUAUCAUGCUCGCUGAUAUGGAUCCUCCUGCCCCUAACGAGGGAAGCGGGUGGCUGGACCUCAGCACGGACUACUACGACGACAUACAUCCGAACGACAUCGGCUACCCGAAAAUGGCUGCGGUCUGGUAUCAGGCUAUUUCCACCGCUUUCGAAGAUACCUUGCUCAAGAAACCCGGUGGUUCUUAUGUGGUGACGCCCGGCAAUACGGGUCUUCAGUGCGAUAAACAGUACGGGGAUGGAGUCUACGCCGGCGGUCUCACGCAAAGGGGCAGCGGCGAAGACGACGGGAUCUACCGCCAUGACAGCGACCCCAUGGGGGUGGUACUGACGGUGGAAAGCGACUACGACCGGAACCAAUGGUUCUUCGCGCGUCUCUUUGCCAGGGAGCGUGAUGACUUUGUGGGUUGGUAUGAAAGAGACGAUGGGUCCCAGUGGUACGGAGUAUGGCGCAACACGGGUGAUGGCGCCAAUCUUUUCACCAAGAUUGCGGACAUGAGUGUCUCCAUUGCCUGUAUUCCCCGAGGAGUGAAUUUCAUUGACAUCAAUGCUGACGGACUGGAUGACUUUGUCUGCAUUGGCCCGGAGGGUGAUGCUUACGCGAGUAUCAACCAAGGGGACGGCGAUAUCGGCAGCGGAAAGCCGCCUUCAUUUAAAGAUAUUGGUCAAAUCAAAGACGCCGUUAAUGGCUACCCGCAGGCCCAAGUCCGACUGGGAGAUGUUGAUGGGGAUGGCCGUGCGGAUUACUGUGUUUUUAACGCGGCUGGUGAUAUGACCUGCUGGCGCAAUGGCUGGAUAGAGGACAAGCCCGCGUACUGGCAGGGACUCGGUCAACGGUUUUCAGGCAAGGAUAUGGGAAACCUAACCGGUGUGCGGUUGGAAGACAUUAACGGCGAUGGCCGAGACGACUGGGUGUGGAUAGGCGACACUGGCGAAGCCUACAUGUACAGCAAUUCAAGGAGCUGCCAGCAGGGAACUGACGGCAACGGUCUGAAUAUAGCUUGGCGGCAGGGCUUUUGGCAGGGCACCAAUUCCGGUCCAACUUACAAUGGGAUGGGCGUCGACAACGUGCGGGAACGAAUCCAUUUCGCCAGGAUCUACGGUGAGCCCGAAGACUUCGGCCUCCUUGGCCGUCAAGAUUAUGUCUAUCUUGAACAUAGCAAAGAGGAUGACAACAGUCGCCACAAGUUUGCCAUGCACGUCUGGAAGAACACAGGGUCGGGAUCCACGAAGCUCAAGGCUGAUGGGAACAAAUACUGCAACAUGAAAGGUCAUACAAACGGCAUGGAUGACUAUGUCUGGACGCACUCCAAAGGACGCAUGACUCUCUACCCCAACCGGGGAAUGGAUACGGUGGUUGAUGGCGGUCCGUCCUUCUGGGAUGCAUCUGAAGUGAUUUUCGACCCUUCAACAUUCGGCCGGAUGCUAGACCGCCGUGACUUACAUCUUGCUGACUGGGAUGGUGACGGAGCCUGCGACAUCAUAUGGGUUGAUCCGGACAAUCAGAAUCGAGUUCAAUUGUGGAGGAACACAUACAAAGAGACCGGGACCUGGAACUGGGACUAUAACGCAAACCCAGCACCCGAUCUCUACUGUCCCGAGAAACGGGGCAUCGGCAUCUUUGAUCUCCCUGUCCAGUUUGCGGAUGUCUCGGGGAAUGGCAAGGCAGACUACCUGUGCAUUGAGAAAGAUGGCCGAACUUGGGGUUGGCUCCACAAUGAUGCCAAUGGGUGGGAUUAUAUUGACCAGUUCAAAUACUCCGAACAGAAGGACCGUGCGAAUCUGCGGUGGGCAGACGUCAAUGGCGACGGAAAAGCCGAUCUUAUCUUUAUAGACAAAUUCUCCGGUGAUGGUUCUGUCUGGUAUAACAAUGGCCCCAAAGACGUCAAAGGCAGCCGCUAUGAGUGGGUUCCUCAGGGAAAGCUCUAUCAAGGCAACAGAGCCGGGAGCUGUAUGUACUAUCCCGAUUUCCAGGGCGAUAACCGAGCCGACAUGCAUGCCAUCAAAGGCACAUUCACCAAUGAGGCCGAGACCUGGUUCAACACUUGCGGCGGAGGUGACAAUAUCGGCGAUGACAGCCAGCAGAUUCUCGACCCUAAGCUGCCGGCGCAGCCGGGAAGCACCGGGUCAUCCAACCCCGCGUGGAUGAACGAAGAUUGCGCUGAUGACAAGUUCAAGGAGGGCAAACACGCUGGAAUUCUCUGGGAUGGGUCGUUGGCGAGCGACGCCUGGAACGACGCGGUGGCCAGCUGGGUUGACUAUAGAGACCACCCCAUACCCGAUGACGAGGACCGCAUCAGCUUUUCCCAGUUUGUUUCAUCACGGUUUUUUGGUGGUCCGGACGGCAUGCAUUGUGAGAUUUAUGCCGAGGGAAACGGCUGCGGGGAGGAUUCAGAACUUCAAUGCGCCGCAGACGGGAUCAAAACCCCGGCAGGAAAGUACAUUCUCAAUUCGUUUAAGAGACUUGACGCGGUCCUCUGGAACUUGCACGACGCAUUGCAAGGCGCAUUUGGAGUGAUUGAGACCCAGAUGGAUACCUUCGCAGACACGUUCGCUCCACUGCCAGAUGAAGGCAUUACUUUAGGAACCAUUUUGUACAAUCUCCUCGGCAUGGGAUAUGGAUCUUUGUCCUCACGGAUGUGGGAAAAGGUCAUGGAAAAGAUUGAGGACCAGCAAGCGAACGAAGUCUUCUCAAGUGCGCAAGAGUACGCUGAUGACAUGGCCGACUCCGCUUUUGAAAGCAUAAAGGACCUUGUCGACGAUAAUCCAGCGGACUAUGUCGUCAGCGAGGAACUCAAGGAGCAGGUCGUGGAUGUGAUCAAAGCUUGGGAUAAUGCCACGACCAAGAUUCAGUCCAGCCUGUUCUCCGGAACCGAUGAAGGAAUACAGCGAUUGGGGAAAAUGAUCUCCGGGGGGACGUUUCUUCUUCCUAACUAUACCCAGUUAAUGAACAUAACCGACCUCCAGCCCUCAAUAGAAAGAUCGCUCUAUGCUAUGCUCAUCCCACAGGCCUGGCGUCUCGCACUCGGCGAUAUAAACCCUUUUGUCAUUGACUCGACGAUGAAUUGCGCGGAUGCCCUGGACCAGGAGUCAAAAGACACGAAUCCGGAAGGGUUUGGCUCUCGUGCUCUGGCAAACUACGCCAGAUCGCGGGUGUGCCUUAAUGAUCGAAUGUACUAUCUUGUGACUGCUACGAAACCCUCGGACAACUGUAUCGACAGCCCCCACGAAGGCCUGGGUCAUUACUGCAACCCGUUUCCUGCACCUCCAGGCCUCGAACAUCUUGAUGGUAAAGCCUGGGGUCAGAUCACGAUCGGAGACAUAGUUUCUGGUGCCGUCAAUACCUACAACGCCAACGGAAAGAAUGUUAACGAGACUCAGGGCAUAUGGGACAGCAGCGACUACAGCGACACCUUUGCUAGUAUUGGCCAGUCGGAUGUCAGCGCCCCUGGAUACGUCGAUAUCCCCAUGUGCCGCUUUUGGGAAGCCCGUGAGAACUAUUGGACUUAUAGAGGGUCGUCAAGCCACGAUUAUGUCCCUUACUAUUUUCCCUGCAACGAUAAGAUCGAUUACGACAAGGACUAUGAAAGUUCGUACUAG